UUGGCAGUGUGGUGGUGGUGGCAGUGGUGGCAGUGGUGUCACUGGCAGUGGUGGCAGUGGUGUCAUCGGUAGUGGUGUUAGUGGUGGCAUUGAUGUCAUUGGCAGUGGCGGUGGUGUCAUGUGUAGUGGUGUUAGUGGUGGCAUUGAUGUCAUUGGCAGUGGCGGUGGUGGUGUUAGUGGUGGCAGUGGUGUCAUGUGUAGUGGUGUUAGUGGUGGCAUUGAUGUCAUUGGCAGUGGCGGUGGUGUCAUCGGUAGUGGUGUUAGUGGUGGCAUUGAUGUCAUUGGCAGUGGCGGUGGUGUCAUCGGUAGUGGUGUUAGUGGUGGCAUUGAUGUCAUUGGCAGUGGCGGUGGUGUCAUGUGUAGUGGUGUUAGUGGUGGCAUUGAUGUCAUUGGCAGUGGCGGUGGUGGUGUUAGUGGUGGCAGUGGUGUCAUGUGUAGUGGUGUUAGUGGUGGCAUUGAUGUCAUUGGCAGUGGCGGUGGUGUCAUCGGUAGUGGUGUUAGUGGUGGCAUUGAUGUCAUUGGCAGUGGCGGUGGUGGCGGUGUUAUCAGUGCCGCCGUGGUAAUAUAAUUGACGGUGGUAGCGAUGGCGAUCGCGUUGGCGGUGUUGGUGGUGACGGUGGCAGUGGUGGUGGAAGCGGCGGCGGUUUCCUUCCUGCGUCGGCCAGCGCUGCGCUCCUUGCGGAGGGCGCCCGCGAGCCGGCGUGCGGUAGCGACGAUGGAGGUGCCGACGAGUGGAGCGAGGUGGCGCGGCUGCUUGAGGCGCAGGCGCUCAUGCUGAUGGAGAGGACCUCGCCGCUGGGCCAAGGAGGAGGAGGAGUAGGAGGGGAACGUAGAGCAGAAAUAACAAGCGGAGGAGGAGGAAGAUGGGGAGGAAUAGGCAGGCUGAUGGGAGAAGGGAUCUACUGGGGAGAAGGACAAAUGGUUGGAGAGGAAAGACGAAGAGGAGAAGUUGCAGAAGGCACCAGCGGAGGAGAGGCAGAAGGAAGAGCAUUGGAGCGAAUGUUAGAAAUGAGACGCGAGGGAACGAGCGUGGCAUUCGAAGGAACGUUUGGGCUGGGGGAAGGCCUACGCGGACCGAAGUGCACGGGGGGAGAAACAGAGAUGCAGGAAUCGUCGACAGAAGACGAGAGGAAGCAGGCCGAUCGGGAGGAUCACAAGGAGACCGAAGAACGAGAUCAGAAGGAGGAGGUUUCGGCGGUGGCGGCAGCGCGGACGGAAUGUUUGCGGAGUGCCUCGGCGUUGUGGCCGGACGUCCUUCUUUACCGUCCGCCUUUCCGCCUUGCGCCUGGCUCUCGGAGCGGAGCUUCGAGCGCUCUCCCCGCGCUCGCGACGGCGGCGCGGCGCCACGUUCGGGCGUCGAGGCCGCCGCGGCUCGGGCCGAUUCGGAAACGAAUCGGGCGGCGCGCGCCGCUCCGCUGAACAGGUCCUACGACGUCGCCACGCCGUCACCGGCGCUCCUCGCCAGCCUCAGGGGAGGAGGGGGAGAGGUGGAGCGCGAGCUGGUGAAGAGGUGUCUGGAGAUGGAGCUGUGCGGUGUCAUGGGAGUGCGGGCGAAGGUGACUUGCGGGAGCUACUGGCGCGCGGUGAAAGACGACAGUCGGCUCAAGGGAGAGCGAGUGACGGCGUUGGCCAGAGGGUUCCUCACACGACGACUUCUCGCUACCGAGAAGGUGCAGCAGCUCAAGCAGACCGUCAAGGACACACGGGAUCUGCUGCACUCUUUGAGGCAGGCAACUCCUCCCCGCCGCUCUCGGUCGACGCAGGACUCGGCGCUGUACGAGAGGGCUCUCGCUCAGCUGAGAGCCGCUCUCUACGACGUCCAUGACAUCUUCUUUGCGACGACGAGCCACGAAAAGGUGGAGAUGAUGAGGAGCGACAGGGAGGCGCGCCGAGAGAGGGAACAGCGGAGGCUGGAGAGAAGCGUUGAGGUGCCACACGGAAGACCAGUGCUGUCUGCUGCCACGCAGAAGUCGCUGGAGAGGAAAUUCAAGCAGAGGGCGACGGAGCAAAACCGAGGGAGUCCGAGGACGCGGGGUCCUAUCGUGCGGGCGUCCAGCCACUCCAGGGUGUUUAGGCCUAACCAGAGCAUCAACACGUUACCUCCUGCUGCCAUGGCCACUGGGGGCUUGUACAGGUCGGCGAUUGCGAAGGGCAAGGAAACGGCCUUCCCUGCCUCCGCUGCUUCUCCCACCGCCUCCCACUGCGCUCGCGUGAGGAAGAUCGGAGGCAGCGGCGGCGGCAGCGGCGGCGGCGGCGCAAGGAAAGUUGGGAGCAUCGCCAUCAAGAAGCGUCCGUCGCUGGCCAUGUGAGGUGCGCCGGGACAAACGUGAGAGCCGGGGGCAUCUUGUUCGUAACCUCGCCCCGGCCAUUAACCGACCGGGGUAACCAACGACUUUAAGAAAUGUUUAUUUUACCAGCGAAGGCCCCCGCUUAGCUGUGUAGCUUUUUUUUUUUAUCAGAAGCGACCCUGUCUAUCGCAAAUGGUAGGUCAACGAAGUGUCUGAUCAUCAUCGUCAUCAUCGUCGUGUGGAAAUUUCUAGCAGCCAAAUACUCGUUGAGUCUUAAACGUGGAGGGAAAAACCGGAGUACCCGGAGAAAGAUCCACGCGGCCACGGGGAGAGAGGCACUCAAACUCCAAAUCUACAGCAGGCGUCAGUGUCAGGAUUGAACCCACGACUUCCUGCAUACCAGGCGAGGUAGUUAACAUCUCCUAGCCACCGUGGCGAUGAUGAUGAUGAGAGACACGCAAACUCCAAAUAUACAGCAGCAGGUGUCAGGGUCGGGAUCGAACCCACGACCUCCUGCAUGCCAGGCGAGGUAGUUAACAUCUCCUAGCCACCGUGAUGAUGAUGAUGAGAGAGACACGCAAACUCCAAAUAUACAGCAGCAGGCGUCAGUGUCAGGAUUGAACCCACGACCUCCUGUAUACCAGGCGAGGUAGUUAACAUCUCCUAGCCACCGUGAUGAUGAUGAUGAGAGAGAGAGAGACACGCAAACUCCAAAUAUACAGCAGCAGGCGACAGGGUCCGGAACGAACCCACGACUUCCUGCAUGCCAGGCGAGGUAGUUAACAUCUCCUAGCCACCGUGAUGAUGAUGAUGAUGGAAGAGAGACACGCAAACUCCAAAUACACAGCAGCAGGCGUCAGGGUCGGGAUGGAACCCACGACCUCCUGUACACCAGGCGAGGUAGUUAACAUCUCCUAGCCACUGUGAUGAUGAUGAUGAGAGAGAGAGACACGCAAACUCCAAAUAUACAGCAGGCGACAGGGUCCGGAAUGAACCCACGACCUCGUGCAUGCCAGGCGAGGGAGUUAACAUCUAGCCACCGUGAUGCCCAAGUUGUGCUUGUAUGCCAAUGCAGCAGCAGCAGCGUCGCCAAAUCAUUCACCGUAAUAGCCGUCGUGUCGCAGCGCCACUGCCAUGUUCAGUCUUCCAUCUCCUCGAAGCCAAAGGGGUCCCCCCAGUAUUGCGAGGGGUCAGCUACGCGGAUAGGGGCGCUGUACGUGUGACAUUAAGCAUGGGGAAAUCAUCUCGGAUUUAAGCACCUUCCUGUGUGGAGUUUUGAAUGGCCUCCACCUGUCCUGCAGAGUGAGUAGACUUUGUAUGGCUUCCACCUGUUCUACAGAGUGGAGUUUGUGUGAUCUCCCCCUGUUCUGCAGAGUGAGUGAGUGGAGUUUGUAUGAUGUCCCCUGUCCUGCAUGGGUUUCCUCCAGGUCCUCUCUCGGAUGAAACCCAUUAAUAAUCAAAACGUGCUCCUAUAAACUGAGUCAGGGUUAGGGGUGGGGGAUGGUGGUGUUUGGGAUGGCACCUCAGCGGUGUUCACACCGAACCCCGUGAACCGGAGUUGGAUUCCCCGUCCUACGGCUAACAUCGGUGGCGAGCGAUAACAGCGAUAGCAAAUUACAUUUUUAAAUAUCGACUCCAGCCCAGCCGGAGCCAUCGCCCUUCUCCCGACCCUCCCCCCGCCCCCAAACCCCCUUCCCGCCCCGCGUGCCGUGCCACCAGCCCGCCCUGACCCUGACCAGCCCGGUGAAGUACGGUCCGCGCGUUCCCCCGCCCGCCGGGUGCCGUAGCGGCAGCGCCAUUUCUCCGCCGUGACACUCUUGACCGCGGCGAUACGUUUGGUGGCCGCGCUUGCCGCAGCCCCGACGUGGCCGGCGUUUACGCCCCCCUUUACCCUCCCUGCCCCCCCCAAGGGAUUGCGUUUUUUCUGCGGCCACGUUUACAAACGCACGGCGGUGGCGGGUGGGGGGCUGUUUGGCCACGAAACGCAGGCGGUGAGGUGGAGUCUGAUGAUGCCCCCGCGCCCCCCCCCGCCCCCCGCCCCGCAUUCUUCUUGGUCGUGGCUCUGGCUCAAGUGAGCGCGAGGCUCAACAAGCGUGCCAGCCGCGCGCUCAACUCGGGGGCCGGCUCUUGAGCCACGGUCUCCCAGCAGCCACCGCGGCUCUGGGUGCAGACCCACGAGCUGAGCCAGUGCCGAGCCACGGCUGAGUCGCUCACUCGAGGUGGCUUUGAGAACAGCUGAGCUACAGCUGAGCCACGGCUGAGCCACGGCUGAGCCACGGCUGAGCUACAGUUGAGCUACAGCUGAGCCACAGCUGAGCCACAGCUGAGCCACAGCUGAGCCACGGCUGAGCCACGGCUGAGCCACGGCUGAGCCACGGCUGAGCCACAGCUGAGCCACUCACUUUGAGAGAAUCUCAGCGGCACAAGCCCUCGAUGAGCCAGAGCCGAGCCACGGCUGGGAAUACAGUCCCAGAGGGUUACGUCAUUAUUAUUAUAAUCAUCAUCAUCAUCAAUCCAUCCCCAUCACUACUAAGAUUUCUAGCACUUAAAUCAAAACUUUGUAUCUUCGGCACUACCACUAUCAUCAUAUUACCACCCCAAUCGACUGCAUCACAAUCGCCGCCAUCACCAAUUGCUAAUGUCAGUCAUUACAGCCACUGUCGCCAUGAUGACCCACCACCGCUAAUACAAUCAUAACCACAAUGUUCAGAGCCGCUAUCACUACCACCACCACCACCACCAUCAUCAUCAUAACCACCAUUACCUGCACAAUGAUCACUGUCAUCACCAAACAACAAUACUACCAAAGACAUCUUAAUCACAAUCACCACCAUCAUCAUCAUAACCACCAUUACCUGCACAAUGAUCACUAUCAUCACCAAAUAACAAUACUACCAAAGACAUCUUAAUCACAAUCACCACCAUCAUCAUCAUAACCACCAUUACCAACACAAUGAUCACUGUCAUCACCAAACAACAAUACUACCAAAGACAUCUUAAUCACAAUCACCACCACCACCACCAUCAUAACCACCAUUACCAGCACAAUGAUCACUAUCAUCACCAAACAACAAUACUACCAAAGACAAAGACACCUUAAUCACAAUCACCACCACCACCACCAACCAACUACCUUGACCAGACUCUCCAUCACCACUCCCACAGUCAUAACCACCACCGUCGCUAGUAGCACAUUGCUACCACAAUCGCAAGCACCACCAUCAGCUACUAACUAGUCACUAGACGGACAAAGAUCCCCCGUGUAGCCUUAACAGACUGUCGGGGCAAGUGCUGUUAGCGAGUAGAAUUUAUGAAGCCCAGCAUGGCACACGAGGGGGUGGGUGGCCAGCACCACACCCGGCCGCCUUUGUCUCCCCAGUGGAGAUGUUUACUACACCGCUUCAGGUACUCAUUUGAGGCUAAGUCAACCUAGGGGAGGCCUAGGACCGGUUCAGAUAAUCGUCACCGGUGUUGGCCGUGAGCGGGAAUCGAACUCUGGUCGUCAGUUUCGUAGCACAGCGCGUUUGACCGCUGCACCACCGCUCUCCACCGCCACCAACACGGUCAUCACGACCACCACUAGCACCACCACCACCAUUAGCACCACCACCACCACUAGCACCACCACCACCAUUAGCACCACCACUAGCACCACUAGCACCACCACUAGCACCACCACCACUAGCACUACCACUAGCACCACCACUAGCACCAGCACUAGCACCAGCACUAGCACCAGCACUAGCACCACCACCACCACUAGCACCACCACCACCACUAGCACCACCACCAGCACCACCACUAGCACCACCACCACUAGCACCACCACUAGCACCACCACCACUAGCACCACCACUAGCACCACUAGCACCACCACCACUAGCACCACCACUAGCACCAGCACCACCACCACUAGCACCACCACUAGCACCACCACUAGCACCACCACUAGCACCACCACCACCACUAGCACCAACACCACCACUAGCACCACCACCACCACUAGCACCACCACCACCACUAGCACCACCACCAACACCACCACUAGCACCAACACCACCACCACUAUCACCACCAACACCACCACUAGCACCACCACCAACACCACCACUAGCACCAACACCACCACUAGCACCAACACCACUAGCACCACCACCACCGUCGCUCGACAUCACACGCUCGGCACUUGAAGUGUGCAUACAGCGCUACGCGAUGCAAACGUCCCCCCCCCCUCUCCUCUCGUCAUUCGCUCGAGAAUGUAACGUGCAAAUCCGUUCGCGUGCCGUACCGUAGCCAAACCGUGCCAAUCCGGGAGGUGUGAAAUCCGCGUCGUUUGCGUAAUUUAAAAAAAUAUAUUUUUUGUUAAUUUUGUCGGGGGAGACGCUGCACUUUGUGCGUUGGAAUUGGCAGUAACAGUCCAGUCCGCCCCUUCUGUUUUCGACGUCGCAUCUCGUGGACAUUAUUUUGUUGUUAUUUACGGGUGUCUCUUGGUCGUUUACGCUGGCGCAUGGUGCGUUCUCAUUUUAAUUUGAUGUUAUUUAUUGCGCGCUGACCGACUCGCGUGUAAGAGCGCGCGCGUCGCUUUGCCUGGGUGUGGCUUGUUUUAAAAACUUUUAAGUUAUUAAAGUUGUGUUUUGCAGUG